GCACAGCCGACAUAUACAGCGCGGGAGUACCUCGCCGCUGUCCAGCAGGACCGCGCGCAGGGCGUACGUGACGACGCGGAGGACGAGCUGAGCGAUACCGAGACCGUCUUCUCUGACGAUCCGUCGUCGGAAGGGUCGGACGAGUCAGCGUCACUCGACGACGAGGAUGUCUUCGAGUUCGGUCACACGGACGACGAGAUCGAGGACGAGGAGGACGACGGCUACGUGCACUACGUCCAGGACGAUAAGAACUACGACCCUACAGACCCUGAAUUUUGGAGGAGGUACUACCACGGCGACUUCAAGAAGUUCAGCCUCCGGAUGGGGCCCGAGCGGGAGUUCCACACCUCGUUCAAGGACGUGGCGUGGUACGAUCCGAAGAAGCCCAGGCGAGUCGCGGACGAAGAAGACCUGCGCGAGACGCAGCGUGCGUGGGACGACGUCGCGCUCGGGCGCGGGCCGUUCGAGAGCAGGCAGAAGCUCGUCGAGGUGCACGAGAGCCUGAUGCGCGCGCUGAACGACCUGGACGACGAGGUCGCUGACCAGCAGGGGGCUGUGAGCAAGGCGGUGCAGAGGAGAGAGCCGGGCGUGGUGCUCGAGGAGGGGUGGGACAUCGAGAAGGUCGUCAACGAGCUGCGGAUGCGCUCGACGAUCGAGGUGGAACACGCCCCCAUCGACAACCUCCGCCGCGGAGUGGUCUACCUCGCGCGGUCGUUGCAUCUCAAGGAGAUCCUCAUGUAUCGCGGCAAGAACGCAUACCCUCCCACGUUCGUUCCGCCUGCCGUUGGGGAGCCUGAAGAUGUCUGCGCCGCGGACGAAGAAGAGCAGGAGUAUGUCUUGGUAUAGAGACGUACCAGAAUGAUCGACGGGAACUUGUGUUUCACCCAGUUUGCCGCAGUCCCCUCCAUUAUCUCAACGAAUGCUCGACACCUGUACAUUGCUCACUGCUAUCGGCUUGCUAUCGCUCCCGCUUUGUAUCUGUCCCACCCCGAAACACCGUAUUUCUCGACAUCGCGCCGCCAUGCACCCUACAAAAUCUAUCUGUCACUAUUGCUGGUCAUUAAGACAAUGUCACACGCGACGAGAUCGAUCCCAGCAGUGCAACACUGGUUCACAUACUGUGUGGCUAGCACGUCGUACUGAAACACUGUAUCAUACGUCGACUGAAUUGGCUCGGCAUUGAGCAAUCAUAUAUGUGAGCUUUGCUGUUUC